AAGAUGAUCACAAAAACAAAAAAAAGUUGUGAUAAUUUACGAAAAGUAUGAGACGAAAAUUUUUUAUAGAGAACGCUUUUAUUUUGCCAUAUUAGAAUGCUUCUUUGCCUCCGAUCUGUACAUCCACGCCAAGCGAAGAGCUUGAGUAAUGUCUGUGUUAUUUAAGAGCCAAUUUGACUACGAACUCGAGGAAAAAAGCCGCGAACAACACGUGCAGCGAAGGGUUGGUCAAAAAGACAAGAGAGGCCAGAGGGCCAUUAAAGAUCAGGACUUGUUGGUCUUUGGGUAUUCUUGUAACGUCUAUUGUGAUGAUAUUAAGGCGGUGUAUUUCGAUGAGGGAAGGCAUUUGAUACCAUGGAUGGGAGAUGAAUCGCUUAUGAUCGAUAGAUUUGAUGGAAGACUUCUGUUGGAAGAUAUCUCACCCUUCAUAUCUAAAGGAUCCUCAGAUCAUGAUAGCAACUGGCAGCUGUCUAAAGAUGAACAGGCAAUCGAGAGACUCUGCGAUGAAGAAAGAUACCAGGCAUUAGAGAAUGCUGAAGACUCGGAUGAUGGAGAGGAAGAAAUGAAGAGGUUUAAAGCUGCAAUUGCCUCCGAGAGUGGAUCAUACAGUGCUGUUGGAAUGACAUACAAUGAGCAGAAUACAGAACCUUAUUACCAACAGUAUAACUAUGAUUUACCACAAACAUAUGGCCAAUAUUAUUCAACAUAUGCUGAAGAACAAGGAGUAACUGGACCAGUUCCAUCGAUACAGGAGCAGCCGUCCAUAAUGUCACUUCAACCACAGCAACAAAUGCAGCAACCCCAAUUACAACAACAACAAUUCACAGAACACAAUCCUGUCCAAGAAGUGGUAGAGGUGUUUGUUCCUCCGGCUGCCUUAGAUAUCCCAGCUGAUAUGGAAGUGCCGGACACGGAGAAGUUGCAUGUUAUCAUCGAGAAAACGGCGUUCUUUAUAAAAGAUCACGGUCCUCAAAUGGAAAUUGUUGUAAAGGCAAAGCAAUCGGGGAAUACACAGUUUGACUUUCUUCAAUUUGAUCAUCGCCUCAAUCCUUACUACAAGCUCAUCCUGAAGGCCGUGCGUAGCGGAAACUACAAACCCGCGAAGCCUGCCACACCGCCCGCAGAAGAAGAGGAAGAAGAAUCUGAAGAUUCCGAUGGCGAAAUGGAACUCCAUCCUUUGCUCACCGCAUCCUUACGAAAACCCAUCACAUCGAAUAAAAAAACAGACAUCCCUCCUUUAGAGCCUCCUCCACUCCCCCCUGGAUGGACCGCUGUCAAUCCAGACGCUACACCAGGGGGCAAUUCAUUUGCCGACAAAGCGGACAACUUCCUCGCAGAUAUGAACAUGCAGGAUCAAACCACCAACUACCCUCCAGGUUUCCCUGGUUAUCCAUAUGCGCACCACGGUAUCCCUCGAUCAUCCCCUCCACCACCUGGCGUUGGGUCACUAAACGGUAAUGCCUCCCAACAGUUCCCUCAUGCAUCUAUGUACUAUCAGAAUAACCUCAAUUAUCCUGCAACCUCCCUGCCGUCAUACCCUGGUACUGAUAUGGCCGGGUCACCGAUAAUCCCACCACCCCCGGAUUUAAAACCAAUUUGCGACAAACUCGCCGAGUAUGUGGCGCGAAACGGCAAACACUUCGAGGAGAAUAUACGAACGAAGAAUGAUCCGAGAUUUGAUUUUAUCAAUGAAACAAGUGACCAUUACACGUACUACCAGACGAGAAUUCGAGAGUUCGAGCUGAACCCUGUAGAGUCUGGGAACAAGGGUAGCGACAACAUAAAGAGCGGGGUACUGGUACCUAGCUCAAAACCGGUGAGCUUUCAGAUUAAGAAGACAAAAGACCAAAAUAAACCCGUGAUGGAAUAUCGCAGCAAUAUUCUAUACAAAACAGCUAAGGCUGAUGAAAGCGAGGAAGAAGGGAUAGAAGAGGACAACACGGACAAUCAGGGUGAUAAGGGUGCAGCUCCACGUAGCGAACAUGAAGUACCCGAGGAAAACUUUCAGGGUCCCAAAACACAGGAAGAUGUCAUGGCGGAAGAACGAGCAAUGAAACUAAAGCAAGAGAAAGAGAAGGAAGUUCAACGACUCGAGGAAGAGGUGAAGUCAACAACCUCGUCGCUUCGACGCCAAGUUCAGCUGGAACGUCGCAGAAGAGCUCAGUUGUUUAUCAACAUGUUAAAGAAAGCAAAACCUGGCGCCCCAGAACAAAGCUCUGACAUCCAACCAGGCGCUGAUGUCAGCGAUCCUCACGGACCAAGUUGAAACGUAUUCUCUCGAAAAAAGAGCCUGAUUUAUGUGUCUUGGUCCAUAAAAGAACAUAAAUGGAAAGGUUGCCGUUAUUUCACGUGCGAUUUCAAGCCGAUGAAGUCCCAUGAUGCACGCUGCGUUGUGCUUCAAAUGUGUAAAGAGUUGGCCUUCCAAAAACACCGGCUUGUGGCAGGGCAAGGAAGUUGAAGAAAACUCGCAAGUUUCGCGAAAACUAGGUUUUUUAAACCACACCUUUUUGUAAAUAGCUAUUAUGAUGAUUUCCUCAACGAUAAGACUCAGUAAGGCAAGAAGGUAGUAAACCAAUUUCUCCCCAAAGAAUUCCGCAAAAUUCGCAAAGUUCGAUUUGAUAUUCUCUAUCACCCUUUUUUGAGCACCCCUCUGUGACCAGGAGUUCACAAACCCCCACCCUGCCCCCGUGUCCCAUUUGAUGUAAAUAUCAUUGCGUAAUAGUUCCACGCUUCCCCCGUGCGAGACCUUGUAGCCAAGGCUGAGCCCCACCCUACCAGUAUAACUAAGCAGUCACGUCAGAACGAGGCAAAGAUGAGGUGCAGAUUUUCGUGGAAGGUCACUUCUGUUUUGACGCAUACUAGAGAGUGUUUGAAAACAUCAGCAAUUAUUGAGCUUAUUCCCAUCCUGUUUCCUAAGUUGAUUCCCGUGUGCGCGAUUUACGCUACUGUCCUAUACUUGAAACUCAAUGGCCGCAUUCGUGGCGUUCUUUAAAGUGGUUAAGCAGCGUAUUAGAAUGCAAUUUUCCUCGUAUCGUUAGACUGUAAUCACAGCA